ACUAAAGUUUUUACCGAUAUCGUUAGCCCGGAAAUAACCAUCAUAAAUUGACAAUACAUUUUAACAAUGGCUGAUGGAUUGAAUUUUACGGUGGGCGAUUUUCCGCCGGGUGCCAUAGAAUACUCAAGUACUGAACCAAUCAGUUCCGCGGAGGUUCCCAUACCAAGUGUCUGGAUGUCGGGCCUUGUGGUCCUUGGUCAAAUGAUCUGGCUUAGAUUGCGCUCUAAGUGGGAAACUGUGAAGGGAAGAUCUAAAGUGGAAAUCUCGGAACGUUCUGAAGAAGUCUUCUCGCGUUAAGAACAGCAAAUGUGUCCAUUGAUUGAAAGUUUUUUAUUCCCGUGUCGUCAAUCGCAAGACUCUGCUUUAUUUGGAUCUAUAUUAAACAUACUUGUGAAGUGUAUUUCAUUUUGCAUCGUGGU